AGAAAGAUGACACAAACCUAAUAGAAGCUCUCUUACCCAUGACUUGUAUCUUUUUUACCUUCUUCUUCUGUGUAAUAUAAGAAUGUCCCCACAAAGUCUUCUGUCUCUACUUCAAAACAAAACUGCUUCCACCAAUAAUAUCUCCAUCUCUCCUCUGCUCUGCUCAGCCUCACCAACUCUUCUUACAGUACCAAAAAUAUAUACAUUUUCUUACCAUUCUCUUUUAUUACAGCUCCUCUGUUUUCCACUCUACUCAAUUGCUACUAAAGAGUCACUGCUCUAUAUAGAGCUAACAGUUACAAGUCAAGAAAGACUCAGAAUCAGAAGAGAGUACAUGAGUUUCCUCUUCUGCUUCUUUGGUGUUUCUUAGCAUUUAUUGUUACACAUUAUUACAUACUAAUACAUAACAAACAAAAGGCUCUCAAAUGGAGAGCUUUCAAGGACACAUCAACCCUUGUGUGUGUAUUUUUUGCUUAAUUUAGGAAGCUUUCUCCAAUCUUCUCUCUUCCAUUGUGCCAUUUACUCUUUUCCUAGCAUUAUCUGGAUAGAAAAGCAGAUGCAAGAAGCCUAGAAGUUCAAGAAUUUGCAGAGGCUCAAAGCUUUUCCUUUAAAGAAGAGGAAGACCAAGAUACAGUGCCAUUUCUACAAAUGCUGCAAAGUGAAGAACCGAGUUUUCUAAGGCUAUUGUCUCUUCAGAACCUCAAAGAGCCUUGGGAAGUCGAAAGCUUUCUUUCACAGGAGGGUUAUCCACACUUGUAUCAGAACCAAGUUUCAGCAUCCUACAUGGAAGGAGCGAAACAACCUUUGUCAAGCCAAGAAGCAGACAUGAUACUCCUCCCUUCUUCCUCACCACAACACAAGCGCAAGAACAGCGAUUUGCUGGCUCCUGAUAUGACUAGAGAGAAGAGGAAGAGGAGGAAAACUAAACCAAGUAAAAACAUUGAAGAGAUAGAGUCUCAAAGAAUCAGCCACAUUGUUGUUGAAAGAAACCGACGGAGACAGAUGAACGAACAUGUCAACUCCCUACGUUCCCUUCUCCCACCUUCUUACAUCCAACGAGGAGACCAAGCAUCCAUAGUAGGAGGAGCUAUAAACUAUGCGAAGGUCCUUGAGCAAAUCAUACAAUCACUUGAAUCUCAAAAGAAAACGCAGCAGAGUAGUGAAGUUCAAAACAGAGUUCAAGAAGAUGAAACUUGCGUCCCAAGUAUCGAAACAACAGUGAUACAAAACCACGUUAACCUUAGAGUUGUAUGUCGGAAGAGACAAGGAGGGCUUAUCAGAGGAAUCAUCUCACUAGAGAAGCUUCGACUCACUGUUCUUCAUCUCAGUAUCUCGACUUUGUCUCGUUUCUAUGUCUCUUAUUGCUUCAACCUCAAGAUAGAGGAUGGUUGCGAACUUGAAUCGGCCGACGAGAUAAAGAAGGUGGCACAUCAUAUUUUCGAUAUGCCAAUGAAUUUGAAUAACUAACAAAUAAAAAGCUGACACUUUUUUUUGUUUAGAAAGAUUUCUUUUUUCGUUCUUUCAUUUUCUGACUGACAGAAUUUUAAAUUCUGUUUUGUUCGUAUUAGUAUUGGAUUAUUUUUAGAUACAUGUUUUUAGGCUUUGGGUGUUUUGUGGGGGUUUGACCUUAGGAGUAUUUAUGAUAUUUUAUCAUCGUUUGACUUUGCAUCUAUUGUAAGAGUUUACUUUCUUGUGCUAAUAAGUGGUCUUGUCCUCUCUUUUUUUGUAAUGGGUACGGUCAUAUCAUAUGGUGACUGGUGUGACUUAACUUUUUUUCUUUUUGCUUAACUUUGGUGACUUCAUAAAAGUAGAUUGUUUUAGUGGUCGAA